AUGGAAAGUGGCAUUCGAUAUAUUGUCCUAGAAAGAGCAAGUCCUGUUAGCAAUCGAGUUCUGUUCGCGAACAAUGUAUUCUUCAACGAUUGCUCAGUCUUCGCAUCUUCUUGGUAUCAAACGGGAAAAAUGUUUAUCGCCCGUCUCCUGUUCAUGGCACUUUUAAUCCUUCUUGUCACACCUGGAAUUCUUGCUUUCAAUUUAAUUUCGGGUAUUUCUGACGUUUGGAAGUUAUCCCAUCCAUUUCUAAGGGUUUGUGUAUACCUUUACAUUGUUAAGGGUGCUUAUACUUUGUUGUUUUACCACGUUGGUGCGUCAACAGAAGAGAAUGAUCAUAAUUGUGAGGCCUGUUGUUUAUUCACAUCCAACCCUGGUGGUUGUUUGUAUGUUGAUGUCCCUCAGCGACUCUUACACCAUCUGAGAAUUCAACCGCUGAUAGUAACUAAAUGUUGUAGUUUUUUCUUUAGGGGCUUUCAAUUUUAUUUUGAAAUAGUUUUCUCUUUAUGGAAAGGCUAUACGCGAUUGGUUAUCCGUGUGCUUUUGCUUUUACUUAUUUUACCCACUCUUCCUCUUAUUACUAUUUUAUUACUUCUAGCAACUCUGAUGACGCUCUUUUGUGGUUUCUGUUGGACAUCACCUCAAUUUGUCGCUUUACAACACGAUUGGCCACUUUUGUCAAAGCUGUACAGGUCUUCUCGAUUUGCUCGUUUACCAGCAUUAUUGAAGGCAUCUCUUCGAUUCUCUGACUUUUGUGCCAAUAGCUUAGCACUUGUUGGUGGAUCUUACCUAUUGCUGUCUGCUUUUUUGGGUGUUCUGUUAACUCUUCUACUGGCCUUUAGCAUGUUACUUAUGUUUCCUGAAAAAAGCCUUCCAUUAGCAGCCUGUUUUCUUCUUUUUUGUUAUUACUUACUUAGCAACUACAGAGCAUUCACUGACAGGUACCAUGAUCUCUCCCUAACAGUCUUUAACUGCUACGAGAAACAAACUGAUCAAACCUCCCAUGAGAAAGUGGACUUGAACACCACAAACAACCGUUCAGAUGACAAGCAUAACGGUGGAGUGGUGAAAAUCCCGAAGGAGCUUUUUGAUUUGGCAUGUGAAGAGCUUAAGCCUGUCAGAGAAUCGCCCUGUUUAUUGGUUUUCAAGGUCGUCUUUAUUGCAAGCUUUCUGUUCCUUGUAUUUUACCUGACAAUGCAACGCGAUUUCGGUGUUAAGCAUCUUGCGAAAACUAUGGUAGCAGGUUUCACCGGUUUAUUUCCAAAGAUCGUUUCCAGGUACUUCGACGGAGAAAGACAAAAACGAGUGGAGGCCUUGAUCAUCGAAGAGAAAGCUCCUAAAAUUGUUGAAUCGUACUUGAACAGUGUUUUACGAGCUAAGGAAGGACAGGAAAAUUCUGGUGCUGAGACAGAUGAAGUAAGUUUACAAGUUGUUGAAAGUGAAGAGAACGUCGCAAUACUACACAUAUAA